GUCGAUCAUUACGUUCCUUAAUGUAGGUAAGUAAUACUUUAGAUGAACCUUCCAGGCUCGUAGGGUAGUUCCAUUUGAUAUCCUCUCCCAAUGUCUGCCUUGUGCUCUUCGGGUUUUACCUCCCUUCGUUUCUCCCCCUGUCUUGCUCUUUCUUUUCCAAUCCCACGGACUGCUUCUUCACGAUGGAACGCCUUUUGGAUAGGCCUCCUUCUGGGAGCUCCGGAGACGAUGCACAGACUGUCAACGCGGCUAUGGAACGUGAAUCACAGCAGGUGACUCGCAUUGCAUCCAGCCAGAUCGGCCGCAGCCUAUCCAAAACCUCUACGUUUGAUUUAAGAGACGAUCCUCGAAUCGACCCUACCAACCCCGAGUUCGAUUACAAACUAUGGGCCCAGCAGGCGCUGAAAGCUAUGGCGCGCUCUGGGGUCACCCCCCAGAGCCAGGGGGUGGUCUUUUCCAAUCUAUCUGUCUCCGGCGCAGGUUCUACCCUCCAGUAUCAGGAGACCCUCGCAUCCACAUUUACCAUUCCUUUCCGCAAGAUAUCAGAACGCAUGCUUGGAUCGAAGGGCGGCUCCGAGAAACGUCGGAUUCUGAACAGUUUUGAUGGACUCGUCAAGGGUGGGGAGCUUCUGCUGGUACUUGGUCGUCCAGGCAGCGGAUGCAGCACAUUUCUGAAGACGAUAUGCGGACAUCUCGGUGGGCUGGCGCUUGAACCGGAAAGCGACAUCCAGUAUGAGGGGGUCGGGUUGGAGCAGAUGGUCAAGAACUUCCGAGGAGAAGUAGCGUACAACCAAGAAAUAGACACCCACUUCGCACACUUGACGGUCGACCAAACAUUGCACUUUGCGGCGAGCGCCCGGACUCCUUCGCGCAGGAUUGAAAAUAUCAGCCGUGAUGAAUACAUCCAAACGAUGGUGGACGUGGUGCUUUCCGUGUUCGGGUUGUCGCACGCCAGGCACACCAAGGUUGGCAACAACUUCAUCCGUGGUGUGAGUGGCGGAGAGAGAAAACGGGUCAGCAUCGCGGAAAUGUUCUUGUCACGGUGCCGAAUCGGAGCUUGGGAUAACAGCACACGGGGUUUGGACGCAGCAACUGCCUUGCAGUUCAUCAAGGCACUUCGUCUUGCAUCUGAUAUUGGAGAGUCCUGCCAUGCGGUUGCAGCCUACCAAGCUUCCCAGUCCAUGUAUGAUCUUUUCGACCGGGUCAUUGUCCUUUACGAAGGAUAUGAGAUAUACUAUGGCUCGUGCAACGAUGCAUGCCGAUACUUUGAGGAAAUGGGCUGGGAACGGCCUCAAAGACAGGUAGCCCCAGACUUUCUCACAUCCAUCACUAACCCGGCGGAGCGAAAAGCACGUCCCGAUAUGGAGCAGUCAGUGCCCCGUACUGCCCGCGAGUUUUCUGAGUACUGGAAGUGCAGUGUGGAAUACAGGGGGCUGCAGCAAGAGAUCGCAGAGUAUCGUCGAUGCCAUCCUCUGGAUGAGAAGGAGGCCAAGGAGUUCCAAGCAGAGCAUAUCGCACAACAGGCGAAGCAUACGCGGACCAGUAGUCCAUACCUUCUUUCAAUUCCCAUGCAAGUCCGACUCUGUAUCCGGCGUGGCUUCCAGCUCUUGCGAAACGAUAUACCCACGACAAUGUCAACUGUCGUCGUCCAGCUGGUGCUCUCUCUUAUCUUAGGUUCCGUAUUCUAUAACUCUCCCUCUAACAGCAGCGCCUUCUUUCAAAAGGGAGCUACUCUCUUCUUCGCCGUUCUUAUGAACGCCCUGAUUACCAUGAAUGAGAUCAUGACCCUAUACACCCAGCGUCCGGUCGUUGAGAAACAAACUACUUAUGCAUUCGUCCAUCCAUUCACUGAAGCCCUUGCCAGCAUCAUCGUUGACCUUCCUAUAAAGCUGAUCCGAUGUACUGCGUUUUCGAUCGUUCUCUAUUUCAUGACAAACCUACGCCGGGAGCCUUCUCAGUUUUUCAUCUUCUAUCUCUUUCUCAUCACGGCCAUUAUGGCCAUGUCUGGUAUCUUCCGUACAAUGGCUGCCCUCACUCGGGCGAUUGGACAGGCUAUGGCCCUAGCAGGAGUCCUCAUCUUAUCCAUUGUGGUGUAUACCGGGUUUACUCUACCACAGCCUUAUAUGCACCCGUGGUUUUCGUGGAUCCGCUGGAUCAAUCCAAUGUACUACACCUAUGAAGCUCUAAUCAGCAACGAAUUCCACGGUCGAGAAUUCGAGUGCGCGUCAAUGAUCCCCAGCUAUGCAACUGGAUCGUCAUUUGUUUGUUCAGUCGUAGGCUCGGUGGCUGGCCAACACACUGUAUCCGGAGACGUCUUCAUUAACGCAAACUACGAAUACAAAUACAGACAUCUAUGGCGAAACUACGGUAUUCUAGUUGCCAUGAUGAUUUUCUUCAACUGCCUGUAUCUUUUUGCGACUGAGAUGCGCACUGGAACGAUAUCAAAGGCUGAAGCUCUUCUCUUCCGCCCUGGCCAUGCUCCUCGUCGCCUUCGCGGUGAUGUUGAAACCCCGGCCUCUGGUAGUGUGAUUGCUGUGACAGAAACAGAAAAGGGAACCACGGAGACCCUCAAUCUCCCCAAACAGACAGACGUUCUCUCGUGGAAGGGUAUUAAUUAUGACAUCCCUGUACACGACGGCACGCGACGGCUUUUGGAUGAUGUAAAUGGGUGGGUAAAGCCAGGAACACUAACAGCUCUCAUGGGAGUUUCCGGGGCAGGUAAAACCACUCUACUGGAUGUAUUGGCGCAAAGGGUCUUAAUUGGUGUGGUUACAGGAGAUAUCCGCAUCAAUGCAGAUGCUCCCCGAUCCAGUUUCCCUCGAAGGACAGGAUAUGUGCAGCAACAGGAUAUCCACCUUGAAACCACUACUGUACGCGAAGCCCUUCAGUUCAGUGCUAUGUUACGCCAGCCAAAAUCUGUACCUAAGGCAGAAAAGUAUGCCUAUGCUGAAGAAGUGAUCAAGAUCCUGGGCAUGGAGGAUUUUGCUGAGGCCGUUGUGGGAACCCUUGGAGAAGGGCUAAACGUUGAGCAGAGAAAGCUGCUUAGUAUUGGUGUUGAGCUUGCCGCCAAACCAACUCUUUUGAUCUUCCUCGACGAACCAACCAGUGGUCUGGACUCACAGAGUUCAUGGACUAUCUGUGCUUUUCUCCGAAAGAUAGCGGACAGCGGACAGGCGGUUUUGGCCACCAUACAUCAGCCUAGCGCACUGCUUUUCCAGACCUUUGAUCGGUUACUCUUCCUCGCGAGGGGCGGCCGAACUGUCUACUUUGGAAGUAUUGGGGAACAAUCUGCAACCUUGCUUGAAUACUUUGAACGCAGUGGAGCCAGAAAAUGUGGUGCUCUAGAAAAUCCCGCGGAGUAUAUGAUCGAGAUCGUUAAUAGCAAGGAUGGUUCUAUGGACUGGCCCCAAAUCUGGAAGAAAAGUCCGGAGUAUGGAGCAGUCGUUGCUGAGCUCGAGCAGCUUCAGAACUCCUCGACAAGCCCGAAUCCAGAGUCCAUCAGUGAUGACGACGACUUGGAGUUUGCGAUGCCAUUUUCGAGUCAACUCUAUUAUGUCCUGCGUCGUGUCUUCAGCCAGUACUUCCGCCAGCCCGAGUACAUUUUCUCCAAGUACAUCCUAGGCUUGGUUUCCGGUCUCUUUAUCGGCUUCUCUUUUUGGAAGUCCAACGACACUCAACAGGGCUUCCAAAACUCCUUGUUCAGUAUCUUCCUGCUUUGCACAGUCUUCGGCACUAUGGUCAACCAAAUCAUGCCCAAAUUUGUGAUGCAGCGGUCUCUCUACGAGGUCCGCGAAAGACCAUCCCGAGUGUACUCCUGGAAAGUCUUCAUCCUCUCUCAGGUGAUGGUCGAAGUUCCCUGGCAACUUGCCCUGGGUGUCUGUGUCUGGGCCUGUUUCUAUUUUACCGUGUUCGGAACAGCAACCGACGCAGAGUCUCGCGGUCUUGUCCUCCUCUUCAUUGUCCAGUUCUACAUCUACGCUGCCAGUAUGGCCCAGCUCACUAUUUCCGCCAUAGAAGAGUCAGCCCUUGCCGCUAUGCUCGCCACGCUCAUGUUUGGUCUAUCCUUCCUUUUCAAUGGCGUCAUGCAACCGCCUUCCAGGCUUCCCGGGUUCUGGAUCUUCAUGUACCGCGUCUCCCCGUUCACAUAUUACGUGGGUGGGCUCAGUAGCGCCGCACUACAUGGCCGUCCUGUGGUCUGCAGCCAGGACGAACUCAGUGUUUUCAACCCACCCUCUGGGCAGACAUGCGGAGAGUACAUGAGCAAGUAUCUCGACCUGGCAGGCGGCAGUCUCUACAACCCCAACGCCACCUCAAGCUGCGAAUACUGCUCUAUGUCCUCGGCAGAUGAUUAUCUGGGGCUACGGGAGAUCUACUACAAAGACCGGUGGAGAAACUAUGGCAUCUUCUGGUGCUACUUUGCCUUUAAUGUCUUCGGUGCGAUCACCCUAUACUAUCUGUUCCGGGUGAGGAGACUGAGUCUGAAGAAGUUUAUCAUGAGCAGGAGGGCUGCAAGGAAGUAGAAGGCCUUGUUUUGACCUCUGAUACACCACUAGAUUUCAUUGUCU